CCCCCACCCCACCCGCCCGGUAACUCACCACCGCAGCUAGCUGUCGGUCCUCCACCCGAAGUCGGAUCGACUCCUCCCGCAGCGUCGCGGUCAGUUACCGAGACUGAGAGACAACCAUGGCCGUUUGGAGGAUACUGUGGUGCAGAAACAUCAUGGCUGCAUCUCUGCUGCUCUGUGUUCUUCUUCACGCCAUGGACGUGCAUGCACGACCAGCCAACAUGUCGGCCCUUAAAGAAAAGCCUGUGUCCAACAAGGACGAGAACGAGAUCCUGCCUCCGGACCACCUGAACGGGGUGAAGCUGGAGCUGGACGGACACCUCAACAAGGACUUCCAUCAGGAGGUGUUCCUGGGGAAAGACCUGGAGGAGUUCGAGGAGGACUCCGAGCCAAGGAGGAACAGGAAGAAGCUAAUUGAGAUCUUCACCAAAGUUGAUUUCAACCUGGAUAGAAGUGUCAGCGCCAAGGAGAUGCAGCGCUGGAUCAUGGAGAAGACGGAGGAGCACUUCCAGGAGGCCACGAAGGAGAACAAGAACCAUUUCCAUGCUGUUGACCCGGACGGAGACGGUCGCGUGACGUGGGAUGAAUACAGAAUCAAAUUUCUGGGCAGCAAAGGAUUCAAUGAAAAAGAAAUUGCUGAGAAGAUAACGAAUAAUGAAGAUUUGAAACUGGAUGAGGAAACUCAGGAGGUUCUGGAAAGCCUGAAGGAUCGCUGGUUCCAGGCCGACAGCCCCCCCGCCGACCAGCUGCUGAACGAGCAGGAGUUCCUGUCCUUCCUCCACCCGGAGCACAGCAAAGGAAUGCUCCAGUACAUGGUGAAGGAGAUCGUUCGGGACCUAGACCAGGACGGUGAUAAGAAACUGACCCUGUCGGAGUUCAUCUCUCUGCCCGUGGGCACCGUGGAGAACCAGCAGGCCCAGGACAUCGAUGACGACUGGGUUCGAGAGAGGAAGAAGGAGUUCGAGGACGUCAUCGACUCAAACCACGAUGGCAUCGUCACCAUGGAGGAGCUGGAGGGGUACAUGGACCCGAUGAACGAGCACAACGCUCUGAACGAGGCCAAGCAGAUGAUCGCCGUCGCAGAUGAGAAUCAGAAUCAUAACUUGGAGCUGGACGAGAUCCUCAAGUACAGCGAAUACUUCACGGGCAGCAAGCUCAUGGAUUAUGCCAGAAAUGUUCACGAGGAAUUCUGAGGACGCGUUCGUCCUCCGUCUGCUCGGCGAGGCCGGGCGGCGGCGUCCUGCAUCUGCUUCAGGGACAGGCCAGUAACAGAGGCAACCUAACGAUAGGAUGUUGUAGUGUGCAAUUGUGUGUUUAACGCCGAGCCCCGACGGCCUCUUUCACUGCUGACUCCAGGUAGUACGCCCUUCACCCUGCGCUGUCGGCCACCCAGCAGCGUGGACACGGUCAGCCGGCCGUGUGCCGCACGGCAGCGACUCCAAAUCAAUUUGUGUUUCAAAGUCAAAUGUGUGUUUAUGAGGAUUAUUAGAUUUUCUUUUCCGUGGUGCGGUGGUGAGAGAGUCUGUUCAGCCGGGCGAGUUGUGUGUGUGUGUCUGUGUGUGUGAGAUGCAGGAUCUGUUGUUUUUAGCUGGCGUGUCUGUAAACAGUGUAAAUAUUCAUGGUCACAUACCAAUGUAAAAGGUUGGUAGAAGUAAAUAUAUAAAUAAGCAGCUUAAAGGAACAACCCUGCUAGAGAAACCAGAUAAUUAUAUAGAGUUUAUUUCUCUCACACAGACUUCUCACUGUCAUUUAUUCUGCCAUGUUCAAGAGGGUUGAGGUGGGGGGGGGGGUCGGGGGUGUCAGCAGUGAUGCACAAUUUCACUGGUUUCCAUAAAAUCCGUCCUUUUUUCAGAUAUUAAAAAAAAAUCAAUAGGCUUGAAUUAAUGGAAGAUGUGGAGAAUAGAUUAAUAUAUAAGAGCUAUGUGUCAUUUUCAUGGAGGAUGUUAUGCUAGCUAAAGAUGGCCGACUCUUAUACAAUAGUGAAGUAUGAAGUAUACGGUUGUCGCCAUCUUGCUGCCUAAAACGACAAAAACUAUCUUUGAGAAUUAUUUAUCCCACAUGUGUUAGGACUUUUCAAUUUGGUCCGUUUCUGGCGGGUGGGUGUGUCCUGACCUCAUGACCUCAUGACCUAUACUGCAGCCAGCCAGCAGGGGGCGAGCAGAACAUUUCGUCUUCACUUUUCAAGAGUGGUCUCGUUCAUUUAUUUUUACAUUUUUUUUUUACAGUUUGUGCAUUUGGACCGAUGGAAGGAAAAGCUUGUGGCACCAAUAAGACUCAUGUGGUCUCCAAAAUGGAAACUGUUGUUUACAUGGUUCCGUGUGUGUGUGUGUCUGUGUGUCUGUGUUCGUGUCAGGUCAGAAUGUUUCCUGUGGUAAAAGCCUGUUUAGUUUUUAUCACUACAAACAAUCUGAUUUAUGAACGUGUGAGUGAAGUUAAAAUCAUAUCUUUGUAAUCUGGAUCAGCUGUAUGUUUGAGCAGUGGAAGCUGAACUCUUGUCAGAUUUGAAAGUUUCCUCUCCAUCCUAUUUUCCGUUUUGAAGGCUCUGGAUUUAUUACUCCACUUGCACCAUGUUUCUAAACGCAUGCACAAGCUGUGGAAUCACAUUCCUCCGCUUCCUGUGGACCUGUGGACGAUUUGGAUCCGGCCACAGUCUCUCGUCUUUUCCUCGGUCCUGUUCGGAUUGUAAAAUACGAUUUCAGAUAACAGAAUGUUAACACAGCUUUAUAAAAUGUAUCGCAAACAUACUGGUAAACAAUAAAUAUUUCUUAUCAAGUGAA